CCCACAUGCAACGACAAAUACGAAGAAUCAUACUCCAUGCUUUGAUCCCGUACUCUCCCGGCGAAUUUUCUGUUACCACUACGACCGAGAGCUGAAGUCACCCAGAUAGUCGCUCAAUUACGCCACCUUUGCAGCUCUUACCCCAAGUCUUCUCUUCUUUGGGAGAGAGAUACACGGCAGUUCGGAUUUCCAGGAUUCCCAACCGCGCUCGCACACACAUCACCUCACCCUCCUCCGCUGCAACGCGCCUUUCGCCAUCAUGUCGGACCUAGACACCUUUGACUUCAUCCCGCUGCAAAUCGACCCCAAGUCCAAAGCCAUCAGCGCGGCACACACGCCGGCCUCGCGCGCCCUCGAGGCAGAGCUGGCCGCCCUCAACUCCCUCCACCGCUCCCUCCACGCCCUCGACGCGCCGCACACCGUGCCCCCGCCGCCCGUGCCCGUCAACCCGAAGCGCAGCGCCAACAUCAACAAGCUGCGCGAGUCGGGCAACGCCGAGUACCGCAAGCAGCGGUACGCCGAGGCGAUCAAGUUCUACACCCUCGGGCUGCAGAUGGCGCUGACGCGCCCGGCCUGGGAGCCGAGCCAGCUCGUGCGCGAGGAGGUGCACGCGCUGUACAGCAACCGCGCGCAGGCGCACAUGCAGCUGGGCAACUGGCCCGAGGCGGCCGUCGACGCUGAGGCCAGCGUCGAGGCCAAGCGGCAAGGCAACGCCAAAGCGUGGUUCCGGAGGGGGCGCUGCCUCGUCGAGAUGGGCAGGUUGGCCGAGGCGAGGGAGUGGGUUGCGCGGGGGCUCGAGUUCGAAGGCGAGGAGAAGGAGCUCAUUGAGUUGCUGAAAGAGGUGGAUGCGAAACUGGAGGAGGAGAAGGCGAAGAGGGAUGCCUGAUGGGGCGUGCUGCUUCGGCGAGGGAAGGAGGAUUGCGACGGGAGGAAUGGCACCGACUCGCCCAUGUCGGGAGGACGCGUGGGUGGCCGCCCGGCUCGUCAAGAAGAGAGCUCGUUCAUGUUUCCUUGGGUCACGAUGGGUCGUUCAACGUUUUGGGAUAUAGGCGUUAGGGAAUCUCAUUAUGCACACAAGAAUAGACGCGUACUGGACUUGAAGAAACGAGGAAAGGGAGCGUCUCCCGAUGGUUUACUCUUAACCUGCCCUGAACCAGCUUGCCCCCCACCCUUUGGCCUAAUGACCUCAGAAUCUUGGCCCGGCAGGCAGCUGCUCCGAUAUUCCCAAGAAUGCCGGUCUUACAGCUGUCAUUCCGCAUCCCAUCUAGAACCACCUAAGACGCCCCAACUCUCGCGACCCAGAUUGACCCAUCAUGUUCUCUCCCUUCUCCCCUAAGAUGAGAAAAGUUACCAACGCUGUGAUUCCCAAAAUUCAAACAAACAAACAAACGCAGAGACCCAAAACAUGCAGCUGAUCAACUAGCCCUCCCCUAUAGAUAGAUUGGCGUCCUUAGCCCGUCGUAUUCAAUCUGGCGUCCCAUGUCCUGUCUCAUCAAGUUCCAAACAGAAACCGUCGCUACCCCGGGGCGUGGGACGUUCUUCGUAUCGCGAUCACGGCACCCACAGAUCGAUGCGGCCUGGCGCGUGGGGCGCUUUUCAUCUCCUUGCUCACACGUCGUCCCCCCUCCCCCCCCCCCCCCCCAAUCGAACGCAUUCACAUCUUCUCCUUCUCCGAAGUGACUUCGACCACUGAGGGCUUCCGCGGGCGCAUGACGGCGUCCUGGCUCGUCAUGCGGCGGCCGAGGGCGCGCUCGAGCUUGGCGCUCAGGGCCAGCUUGGCAAGGUUGGCCGUCUUCUCUUCGCUGAGGAGGACGCGCUGGUCGGCCAGGCGCGGGUUCUUGAGGCGCUCGAGCCCGUCGACGAUGGGCCGGAUCUCGGCCGUCACGCUGUCGGUGCUGAGGACGGUCGGGGUGAUGGACGGCGCGUUCAUGCUGUACGUGGAGUAGCGGACCGACGUGCGGGUCGAAGGGGCCAUAAUCGGGCGCGAAGAUUCCAGCGACGUCGGCAUUUUGGAGAGGCAGUAGUUACGGGCUCGUGCUCGAAAUUUCUUUGUUGAUGAUAAAACUUGAAACGCCGGGGGUCCAAGGCAAGGGCUAGUGUAGUCGAGAGCAACGUUGUCCGGGGUUGGAAAUUGGCUGACUCCGCUUGCGCUCGCAGACACCCUCUCUUACAAGGUGCUUCUUACGUGGAGAAAAGGGAGCGUCGUUGUGCAGGC